GAGGGGCGGGGCGGGCCCCGGGUGGCGGCCCCGCUGACUUCUGCCAGGCAGUGCCCUUCCCGGAGCGUGCCCUCGCCGCUGAGCUCCCUGGAACAGCAGCUGCACCAGCCAUGGCCCCUCCCUGGGUGCCCGCCGUGGGCUUCACACUGGCACCCAGCCUGGGGUGCUUUGUGGGCUCCCACUUUGUCCAUGGCGAGGGUCUCCGCUGGUAUGGCACCCUGCAGACACCCUCGUGGCACCCACCCCACUGGAUGCUGGGCCCUGUCUGGGGCACGCUUUACUCGGCCAUGGGGUAUGGCUCCUACCUGGUCUGGAAAGAGCUGGGAGGCUUCACGGAGGAGGCGGUGGUUCCCCUGGGCCUCUACACCGGGCAGCUGGCCCUGAACUGGGCAUGGCCCCCCAUCUUCUUUGGUGCCCGACAAAUGGGCUGGGCCCUGGUGGACCUCCUGCUGGUGAGUGGCGUGGCCGCAGCCACCACCGUGUCCUGGCACCGGGUGAGCCCACUGGCUGCCCGCCUGCUCUACCCCUACCUGGCCUGGCUGGCCUUUGCGACCACACUCAACUACCGCAUAUGGCAGGACAACCGCGGCCGGCGUGGGGGCCGGCGGCUGCCCGAGUGAGCGUCCCGCCCGCCAGGGCCUGCAGCAGCACCAGCAGGUCCCAUCAGAGGUGGCGGCCGUCACGCUCUCACGACCACUGGGCCUGGUACUCUGUCCCGGUCUGGGUGCGCGGGGUCAGCAGUGGCUUCAGGGGCGGCCUGGCCUCAGCCCUCACCCGGGAGCAGCGUCCUGCGCUUUCUGCGUGCUCGGACUGUGUUCUCAGAACAUGGAAUUUUAUAAGCCAAAUAAAGUUUUAACCUCCUCU